CCCGCCCGGGACGUGCCUGGCGGGCUCCCCGCGCCGCGCGGUCGCAGCCAGCGGCGGAGAGAGCGCGAAGCCCGGGCUGCGCGCCUGCGGCCCGGGCGCCCCUCCGAGCUCAGUGCCUCGGUUCCCGGGCCGCCUUCACUGCGCAGACCAUGGGCGAUGUGAAGCUGGCUGCCUCAACACACCUUGUCAAAACCUCCCUCACUGUGGAUUGCUCAGGAGUCGGCUCCAUGCCUCUGGCCGAGGCCCCUGCUUUCAUUUUGCCCCCUCGGAACCUGUGCGUAAAAGAAGGAGCCCCUGCCAAGUUUGAAGGGCGGGUCCGGGGUUACCCUGAACCCCAGGUGACGUGGCACAGAAAUGGGCAGCCCAUCACUGGUGGGGGCCGCUUCCUGCUGGACGGUGGGAUCCGGGGGACUUUCAGCCUCGUGAUUCGUGCUGUCCGUGAGGAGGACAGUGGAAAGUACACCUGUGAAGCCAGCAAUGGUAGUGGUGCCCGCCAGGUGACUGUGGAGUUGACCGUAGAAGGGGGCUUUGUGAAGAAGCAUGGUCAGCCUGUUGUUCCCAAAGCCUUAGGGGACAGAUUUGCAGCCCCUGCAGUGGAGACCCGUCCUAGCAUCUGGGGAGAAUGUCCACCAAAGUUUGCUACCAAGCUGGGCCGAGCAGUGGUCAAAGACGGACAGAUGGGACGAUUCUCCUGCAAGAUUACUGGCCGGCCACAACCACAGGUCACUUGGCUCAAGGGAGAUGUGCCCCUGCAGCCAAGUGCCCGUGUGUCCAUGUCUGAGAAGAAUGGGAUGCAAGUUCUGGAAAUCCAUGAGGUCAGCCAGGAGGACAUGGGUGUGUACACCUGCAUGGUGGUGAACGGGUCGGGGAAGGCCUCCAUGUCAGCUGAGCUUUCCAUCCAAGGUUUGGACAAUGCCAGUAGGUCAUUUGGGAGAGGAGCAAAGACGGCCAAUUCAGAUAUCAGGAAGGAAGUAACCAAUGGAAUCACGCAAGGGCCGAAGCUGGACAGCCCGGAGACUGUAGCUGAGAGAAAGAGCUGCGCCAGCACCCAGAGAAGUGGCUCCCUGACCUGGGCCACAAGUAGCCAGCCUCAGUCCCUGAGGGAAUCCAAGCUGGAGCCAUCCAAGGACCCAGUCAGAAAGGCCCCGAGGAGCCCCCUCCUGCAGAAGACUUCCAGCACCAUCACCCUGCAGGCUGCAAAAGCCCCGCUGGAACCAACGGCACCAGUCUCAGGUGCCCUCUCUCCUUCCAGAGAAGAGAGGGAGGGGCCAGCUGCUCCCCCUCCAGUCACCCUCCCUGCCCGGCAGCCUGGCCUGGGAAUCCAAGAAGUCGUGAGCAAGGUUGGGACUGGGAAAUUCCCCAUGGAGAGCCGGAGGGAGUCAGCAUUUCCCAAAUUCGAGAGCAAGCCCCAAAGCCAAGAAGUCAGUGAAGGUCAGACAGUCAAGUUCAGAUGCGAGGUUUCAGGGACCCCAAAGCCCGAGGUGACCUGGUUCCUGGAAGGUGUCCCCGUGAGGAGACAAGAAGGCACCCUUGAGGUCUACGAAGACGGCAGAUCCCAUUACCUCUGCCUGCUGAGAGCCCAGGCAAGGGACGGCGGCAGCUACAGCUGUACGGCCUCCAGCGUCAGAGGCCAGGCGUCCUGUGCCUGGACCCUCCUGGUGAAAAGUCUGGCCAGGGCAGAGGUGGCCCCCUCGUUCUCCAGUGUCCUGAAGGACUGCGCUGUCUCUGAGGGCCAGGACUUUGUGCUGCAGUGCUCGGUGCUGGGGACCCCAAUGCCCCAAAUCACUUGGCUGCUCAAUGGGCAGCCCAUCCAGUACGCUCACUCCAUCUGCAAGGCUGGCGUGGCUGAGCUCCACAUCCAGGACACCCUGCCAGAAGACAAUGGCACCUACACCUGUCUGGCGGAGAACCCCUUGGGACAGGUGUCCUGCUGCGCCCGGGUCACUGUCCAUGAAAAGAAGAGUGACAGGAAAGGCAAGUACUUUCUGCCUGCAUCUCCCAGCAAGCCCGUGGCACCCACGUUCCUACAGGGCCUCUCCGAUCUCAGAGUCAUGGACGGAAGCCAGGUCACCAUGACAGUCCAGCUGUCAGGGAACCCACCCCCUGAAAUCGUCUGGCUUCACAAUGGGAAUGAGAUCCAGGAGUCCGAGGACUUCCACUUUGAACAGAGAGGCACUCAGCACAGCCUCUGUAUCCAGGAAGUGUUCCCGGAGGACACGGGCACUUACAUCUGUGAAGCCUGGAACAGCGCUGGGGAGGCCCGCACCCGGGCUGUGCUCACGGUGCAAGAGCCUCAGGAUGGCACCCAGCCCUGGUUCAUCAGUAAGCCUCGCUCAGUGACAGCCUCUCUGGGCCAGAGAGUCCUCAUCUCCUGUGCCAUCGCUGGUGACCCCUUCCCCAGUGUGCACUGGCUCCGAGAUGGCAAAGCACUGCCCAGAGACACCGGCCACUUUGAGGUACUACAGAAUGAGGAUGUGUUCACCCUGGUUCUAAAGAACGCGCAGCCCUGGCAUGCUGGCCAGUAUGAGAUCCUGCUCAAGAACCCGGUUGGCGAAUGCAGUUGCCAGGUGUCACUGAUGCUACAGAGCCGACCUGCCAGAUCUCCCCCACGGGGGAGGGAACCUGCCAGCUGUGAGGGCCUCUGUGGCCAACGAGUUGGUGCUGAUGGUGGUGGUGGUGACUCCUACGGGACCCUGAGGCCUGAGUGGCCAGCAAGAGGGCAGGGUUGUUCAGAGGAGGAAGACAGUGAGGACGUGCGGGGGGUGCUGAAGAGGCGAGUGGAGACCCGGCAGCACACCGAGGAGGCGAUCCGCCAGCAGGCGGUGGAGCAGCUGGACUUCCGUGACCUCCUGGGGAAGAAGGUGAGUACCAAGACCGUGUCCGAAGAAGACCUGAAAGAGACCCCAGCUGAGCAGAUGGAUUUCCGUGCCAACCUACAGCGGCAAGUGAAGCCAAAGACUGUGUCAGAGGAAGAGAGGAAGGUGCAUAGCCCCCAGCAGGUUGACUUCCGCUCUGUUCUGGCCAAGAAGGGGGCUCCCAAGACCCUGGUGCCAGAGAAGGUACCAUCUUCAAAGCCUGCCGCCCCAGAUUUUCGCUCAGUGUUGGGCAGCAAGAAAAAAAUCCCAGCAGAGAAUGGUAGCAACAGUGCUGAGGCCUUGAAUGCCAAGGCAGCAGAAAGUCCCAAGCCUGUGGAUAAUGCCCAGCCGUCAGGGUUCCUGAAACCUGUGGGCAACACCAAGCCAGCUGAGAUCCUGAAACCCAUUGGCAAUGCCAAGCCAUCUGAGUUCCUGAAAUCCGUGGGCAACACCAAGCCAGCCGAGGCCCUGAAACCAGUUGGCAACACCAAACCAGCUGAGACCCUGAAACCCAUCAGCAAUGCCAAGCCGGCCGAGACCCUGAAACCUGUCGGCAACGCCAAGCCAGCCGAGACCCUGAAACCUGUGGGCCACGCCAAGCCGGCCGAGACCCUGAAACCCGUGGGCCACGCCAAGCUGGCUGAGACCCUGAAACCAGCUGAGAAAGCAGAACUCAAAAAGGAGGUUAAGAAUGAUGUGAACUUCAAGAGGGGGCAGGCAGGAGUGCCAGAUAAUGAAAAAAGAUCAGAAAGCCAAGGGACUGCUCCAACCUUCAAAGAGAAGCUACAAGAUGUCCAUGUGGUAGAGGGCGAGAAGCUGCUACUCCAGUGCCAGGUAUCCUCUGACCCCGCAGCCACCAUCACCUGGACACUGAAUGGAAAGACACUCAAGAGCACCAAGUUCAUCGUCCUCUCCCAAGAAGGCUCACUGUGCUCCCUCUCCGUCGAGAAGGCCCUGCCCGAGGACAGAGGCUUAUACAGGUGUGUGGCCAAGAAUGGCGCUGGCCAGGCUGAGUGCUCCUGCCAAGUCACCGUGGAUGAUGCGCCCACCAGUCAGAACACCAAGGCCUCGGAGGUGAAAGUCCGCAGGCCCAAGAGCUCUCUUCCUCCUGUGCUAGGAACAGAAAGUGAUGCAACUGUGAAAAAGAAACCUGCUCCCAAGACACCUCCAAAGGCAGCCAUGCCCCCUCAGAUCGUCCAGUUCCCCGAGGACCAAAAGGUGCGCGCAGGAGAGUCCGUGGAGCUGCUUGGUAAGGUGGCGGGCACCCAGCCCCUCACCUGUACCUGGAUGAAGUUCCGAAAGCAGAUCCAGGAGAGCGAGCACAUCAAGGUGGAGAACAGCGAGAACGGCAGCAAGCUCACCAUCCUGGCUGCACGCCAGGAGCACUGCGGCUGCUACACGCUGCUGGUGGAGAACAAGCUGGGCAGCAGGCAGGCCCAGGUCAACCUCACUGUUGUGGACAAGCCAGAUCCCCCAGCCGGCACACCAUGCGCCUCAGAUGUCCGGAGCUCCUCACUGACCCUGUCCUGGUAUGGCUCUUCAUAUGAUGGGGGCAGUGCUGUGCAGUCCUACAGUGUCGAGAUCUGGGACUCAGUGGACAAGACAUGGAAAGAGCUAGCCACUUGCCGCAGCACCUCUUUUAACGUCCAAGACCUGCUGUCUGACCGAGAGUAUAAAUUCCGUGUACGUGCAAUCAACGUAUAUGGAACCAGUGAGCCGAGCCAGGAGUCUGAACUCACAAUGGUUGGAGAGAAACCUGAGGAGCCAAAGGAUGAAGUGGAGGUGUCAGAUGAUGAUGAGAAGGAGCCUGAGGUCGAUUAUCAGACGGUGACGGUCAAUACCGAACAAAAAGUGUCUGAUGUCUACGACAUUGAAGAGAGACUAGGAUCUGGGAAAUUUGGACAGGUCUUUCGACUUGUAGAAAAGAAAACUGGAAAAAUCUGGGCAGGGAAAUUCUUCAAGGCGUAUUCAGCAAAAGAGAAAGAGAAUAUCCGGCAGGAGAUCAGCAUCAUGAACUGCCUGCACCACCCCAAGCUGGUCCAGUGUGUGGAUGCCUUCGAAGAAAAGGCCAAUAUCGUCAUGGUCCUGGAGAUCGUGUCUGGGGGUGAGCUGUUCGAGCGCAUCAUUGACGAGGACUUUGAGCUGACGGAGCGGGAGUGCAUCAAGUACAUGAGGCAGAUCUCGGAGGGGGUGGAGUACAUCCACAAGCAGGGCAUUGUGCACUUGGACCUCAAGCCCGAGAACAUCAUGUGUGUCAACAAGACAGGCACCAGGAUCAAGCUCAUCGACUUCGGUCUGGCCAGAAAGCUGGAGAAUGCGGGGUCUCUGAAGGUCCUCUUUGGCACCCCAGAGUUUGUGGCACCUGAAGUGAUCAACUAUGAGCCCAUUGGCUACGCCACAGACAUGUGGAGCAUCGGGGUCAUCUGCUACAUCCUGGUCAGUGGACUUUCCCCUUUCAUGGGGGACAACGACAACGAAACCUUAGCCAACGUCACCUCGGCCACGUGGGACUUCGAUGACGAGGCCUUUGACGAGAUCUCCGAUGAUGCCAAGGAUUUUAUCAGCAAUUUGCUGAAGAAAGAUAUGAAAAACCGCCUGGACUGUACCCAGUGCCUUCAGCAUCCAUGGCUAAUGAAAGACACCAAGAACAUGGAGGCCAAGAAACUGUCCAAGGACCGGAUGAAGAAGUACAUGGCCAGAAGGAAGUGGCAGAAAACAGGCAAUGCUGUGAGAGCCAUUGGAAGACUGUCCUCUAUGGCAAUGAUCUCAGGGCUCAGUGGCAGGAAAUCCUCGACAGGGUCGCCCACCAGCCCGCUCAACGCAGAGAAACUAGAAUCUGAAGAAGAUGUCUCCCAAGCUUUCCUUGAGGCUGUUGCUGAGGAAAAGCCCCAUGUAAAACCCUAUUUUUCUAAGACCAUUUGUGAUUUAGAAGUUGUGGAGGGCAGUGCGGCUAGAUUUGACUGCAAGAUUGAAGGGUACCCAGACCCUGAGGUCGUCUGGUUCAAAGAUGACCAGUCGAUCAGAGAGUCACGCCACUUCCAGAUAGACUACGAUGAGGACGGGAACUGCUCUUUAAUCAUCAGCGAUGUUUGUGGGGACGACGAUGCCAAGUACACAUGCAAGGCUGCCAACAGUCUGGGCGAAGCCACCUGCACAGCAGAGCUCAUUGUGGAGACCAUGGAAGAAGGAGAAGGAGAAGGGGGAGAGGAAGAGGAGGAAGAAUGAAACAGAGCCAGAAAGAAACCAUUUCCAAGUCACACUAUAAAGACUAUUUCUCUAAAGCUCAAAACAUCCAAGAUAGUAAAAGCACCUAGUGUGAUAGAUUAUCUAGUUAGGUCAUUUGGGGGUGGAUUCAGCAACAGCGGUUGAUACCUAGCAGUGUAUUGAUGGGCAUUAAUUUUAAUUAGCUGGCACCUUAAGAUCCUAGUACAGCUAGAUUUCAUUUUGGGAAAUCAUCAACACCUUGCCUGAUGCAUUGAUUUUAGAAAGUAACCAAAGGAAAUGUUCAUCUAGGCAAAACUUCCCCAGUGGAAAACACUCGUGAAAAAUAAGGCCCUGUGGCCACAGCUCAGCCCGGAGGGUCCCUGCAGGGGGAGGUCUCACUCCAGCCCCUAACUCCAGAGAACUGGGUCCUCUCCAGUACGGCAGCACGUCAUUCGGAAUGCAGUUGAGCCAUGUUAACUUCUGAGGCACAUUGUAUUCCAAAGUAUACUGUAGACGUUUUAACUUUUCAUUUCUCUCCCCUGUUCUAUCUGCCAGUUUUUCUGGAUCUGAACUUGCCAUGAGUUUCAGCAUUAAGGACAUUAUGCUCCUUAGAUUCUGAAGACAGGCCCCUUGCUCAUGGAUGACUGGCUUCCUUAGGAAAACAGAAUCUCUUUUCUUCCAAAAUCAGGAGGCAAUCUAAACUUAUCCCCUCUUUGCAGAUGUCUAGCAGCUUCAGACAUUUUUAUAAGAACCCGUGAAAAAAAAUCCUUGCUCAUGUGCUUUUCUUCUGAAACCAGGGUUCAUAUUUGUGCUGUUAUAGAAUAUCAGCUCUGCGUGUGUGGUAAAAGAGUUUUGUGUUUGAAUGUAUAAAAAAAACAGUUUGCUGAAAAGUUAGUCUUAAUUAUUUAUUGGCCACUAUGAAACAGAUUUCAACUGAUGAAGAGCUGUAGAACUCCACAUACUUUGGAGUCUUCCUUCAGGAUAGUCUGAGUUUAAUACACCUUUGUUCUAAACACUCUUCUGAGAACUCUGCCUACCUAUUGGUUUCACAGUGUUUUUCUUCUUGAAUGUGCAUCGAUCAUGCUUUACCCCCAACCUUGAAAUAUACUCUUAGACCAGAUUAAAUGCACUCAGACUUGCAUCUUUAGGAAUUUUUAACUCUUCUUUCACUACAUUGGCACUUAAAAUUUUCUUUAUAAAACUUUUUGAAGGUCAUAAACAGACUGAUAUGCCUAAUACAUUUCCUCUGCGUGUGUGUGUAACAUUCCAAAUACUUUUUUCUUUUCCACUGUUUGUAAAGUGCAGCAAUUUAACAUUUCAAGGGACUUUUUAAUAGUUCCUGCAGAACCAAUUUUAAAUUACUUAAGUGCAAUCCUACACAGUGUCAACUUUAGAAUUUUGAUAUUAGUCUUAUGUUCUUUUCCAUUCUGUUUUUCUGUGCUUCUUGCUGCUAGUUUCAAAUGCCAGUAUUUUUCUUUUUGCUUCUUAAACAGUAUUUUUCAUAAUAGCCACAGUAUUGCCACAGUUUAUUAUAAUAAAGGGUUUUUAAUGUGAUUUAGAGCAUUCAAAGCUUUUCUUCAUCACUUUGUGUUUAGACUAUAAUCUUUGUGGGCAUGUGUAUUGUAUGUGUGCGUGCAUGUGUGGUGUGUGCUUGUUUACAGGUUUGUAAUGCCUUCUUGAAAUUGUGUUAAUGUUCUCCCAGUUUAUCAUGCCAUCGGAAUGGUGAAUGAGAACACUACGACUGUAGUUAGCUCACAGUGUUUAAAUAAAGGAUUCCACAGUG